AUGACUUCAGUACCAACUCUGGGCUAUUGGAACAUCCGAGGCCGGGCUCAGCCCAUACGCUAUCUGCUAACGUAUGCCGGCGUCGAGUUCAACGACAAACGCUAUGUCCUGAAGGACUGGCAGUCAGAUAAGCAUAAUCUAGGCUUUGAUUUCCCAAACCUUCCCUAUUAUAUGGAUGGAGACAUAAAACUGACCCAAAGUCUGGCGAUUAUGAAAUACUUGGCGCGAAAGCACGGACUGGUGGCCAGGGAUGACCCCACACUCGCCCGACAGGAGUUGAUUGAGCAGUUCGUUUAUGAUAUACAACACGGUUUUCUACCUAUUAUUAUGUCUGACGACUACGCGGCUAAGAGGGAUCAGUACAGCACCGGUACUCUCACACCGCAGUUGCAUCUAUUGGCCGAGUUCUUAGGGGACAAGGAAUGGCUGACCGGACAGUUGUCUUACGUGGACUUCAUUGUGUAUGAAGUGCUGGAUUGGUUGAGACUUUUCACACCCGACACCUUCCGCCAGUUCCCAACUCUGGACCAGUAUUUGGAUCGCUUUGAAGCGCUUCCGGAAAUCAAUGAUUACAUGAAUGGCUAUUUUAAGAUACGAGCCCUCGCACAGCCGAUCAGAUUGUUACUGAAAUAUACGGGAACUCCGUUUACGGAUAAGUAUUAUGAGUUAGGCGAUGAUUUGCUAACACUUAGGGAUAGUUGGCUUAAAGAAAAGUUUACGUUAGGACUGGACUUCCCUAACGUUCCCUAUUAUAUCGAUGCGAACGUAAAGCUCACCCAAAGUGUCGCUAUUUUGCGAUAUUUGGGUCGAAAACACGGUUUAGUGGCCAGGGAUGAGACCGGACUCGUGCGCCAGGAUCUGGUGGAACAACAAUUCAUGGACUACAGGACAGGGUUUAUGCAAAUGCUGUUCAAUAGAGAAGGCUUUGAGACAAACAAAAAGAAAUUUAUCGCCGAAACACUUCCUCAAUGGUUGGAUCAGUUGUCGAAGUUCUUGGGCAGUAAUCAGUGGUUUUCUGGACAGACACUCACUUACGCCGACUUCUUGGGCUACGAGAUACUCGAUUGGUUCCGACUGUUGAGUGCAGAGACCGUCAAGAAGUACCAGAAUUUGGUUCAAUAUUUGGAUCGAUUCGAGAAUUUGCCACAAAUUAAGGCUUACAUGAAGUCUCCGGAAUUUCUAACCGCCUAUAAGGUGCGAGCACUCGGUCAGCCAUCACGACUGCUACUUAAAUAUACUGGAACUCCGUUUACGGACAAGUAUUACGAGUUCGGGUCCACUCCGGAGACCAGAUACGCGCACUGGUAUAACGAGAAGUUCACAUUAGGACUGGACUUCCCUAACGUUCCCUAUUAUAUCGAUGCGAACGUAAAGCUCACACAAAGUAUCGCUAUUUUGCGAUAUUUGGGUCGAAAACACGCCGCCUAUAAGGUGCGAGCACUCGGUCAGCCAUCACGACUGCUACUUAAAUAUACUGGAACUCCGUUUACAGACAAGUAUUACGAGUUCGGGUCCACUCCGGAGACCAGAUACGCGCACUGGUAUAACGAGAAGUUCACAUUAGGACUGGACUUCCCUAACGUUCCCUAUUAUAUCGAUGCGAACGUAAAGCUCACCCAAAGUAUCGCUAUUUUGCGAUAUUUGGGUCGAAAACACGGUUUGGUGGCCAGGGAUGAGACCGGACUCGUGCGCCAGGAUCUCGUCGAACAGCAACUCUUUGACUACAGGACAGGGUUUUUUGAAAUUCUAGUUAAUAAAGAGGGCUUUGAAGAAAACAAAAAGAAAUUUAUUGCCGAAACACUUCCUCAAUGGUUGGAUCAGUUGUCGAAAUUCUUGAGUAGUCAUCAGUGGCUCACCGGAAAGACACUGACUUAUGUCGACUUCUUGGGCUACGAAGUCCUCGAUUGGUUCCGACUGUUCAGUCCGGAGACCGUCAAGAAGUACCACAAUUUGGUUCAAUAUUUGGAUCGAUUU